AUGCCAUCUAGCAUCCUCCCUCCCGGCCAUUCCAAAUCGUCAUGGUGGUCUCGCUCCAAAACCGGCAAGGAGCCUUCCGUCAAGCCCAUGCGCUCCUUCUCCAGCCUCAGCGACGACAACGAGAAAUCAUCCACGUCGUCCAUGUUUCCCCCCUCCACCAAAUCCAAGGACACGUCGGGCUUGAGUCUCAAAACCCUCGGCUCAGCCAUCAGCUUCAAGUCCAAGAAGGUCGCCUCCCUCACCAUUCAGAAUAUCCCCUCCGACGUCCCCAUCCAAGCCCCUCCGCCCCCCAGUCCUCCUGCCGACUUUGGUGCCGACCAGACGUCUGUCGCUCCUUCUAUCCUCUAUUCAAAUAGAAUCCCCACCAUCAAGUCCAUAAGGACUGACCGCUCAACAGAGCUCGACAACGAUGCGAGAUCAGCUCGCACCGCUUCAGAGCCCCGUACACCCUCAGAUUACAGGACGUCCUACCAGCCAUCCGUCCUCACCUUCUCCGAACUCGACCCCUUCGCCUCUAGCGGUGUCAUUGUACAACAGGGCCACGAUCCAAACAGGCUUUCUGCCUACUCCGACUCGUCUAUGCUCGAGCCGACGCAUAAACGCGGCGAGAUCCUUUUCUAUAACCGCAUCUCAUAUGCCUCCUCUUCUUCAAAGUCGCAGGGUCAUUCUUCUGACAGUCAUUCAAUGGCAAUAGCAUCCCCUCGAUCGUCUCGCUUCUCUAGGCCCGAAGGAAGCAGACAAAACACAGCAGGAACGAGGGACUCUUCACUGGCCCCGCCCGUUUCACCGCUCGCAUCUCCUCGAAGACAGAGUCCCUCCGGAUCGUCGGGGUCGACGGUGAGAACAGGCGAGGGACCCAGUCGUCUUAGCGAGCCCGUACCGGGUAACCUGACGUUCCAGCGUGCAUCUUCAUCAUUCUUGCAGAGGCCGCGAGGUAUGACGAUAGGUGCGUCAGGGAGCAGCGAUUGGCGACCUAGUACUGCCAACCCAGCGCUGCCGUCGGCUGUGCCUGCCCGACUGCGGAAGGCGUCCGACGCUCCGCCUGCCUCGCCCAAGGGCUCGUCGUCUGCUGCUCCUUCCUCGUCCGCCUCCCCAAUUGCAUCCAGCCGCUCGCGAUCGUCCACUGUCAACAGCGCUGAGUCGUUCGAAUCGCCAAAUAUGUCCCCAUCAUCUACGGCUCACCCACUUGUUGUCGUGCGUAAGGCAUCAUCGACAAGGGUGACUCUACCACCUCUCAGUCGCGCACCGUCUCAGGACCUUCCGCCGACACCAUUCCCCGAAUCUGAUUUCGGCGCUUCCGACUCCCUUGAUGAUCUGUCCCUCUUCCCCGACGCACCUUCCUCUAGCUCAUCAAGUAUGAGCUUCGCGCCUAGCAUGGACCUCGACAUGGCAACCGUCACGGGCGACAUGAUCAAUCAGCUCAUGUUGCACGGCUACGAGGACCCGUCCGAGUCGAAAUCGAAAGGGAAGGGUCGUGCUAGCCGUCGCAAAGCAAACAGCACGAGUCCCUCAGACACGCUGCGUGACUUCGAGCUCGUGCAUCCGGGACCUUCGUCAUCGACCAGUAAGCUGCCAUCGAUGCCUGCCAGCAGCGAAGGCGGCUCUGCGGACCUCACCGGCGGCAUAUACUCUGCGUCCAUGCGCUCCCUGCAAAGGGUCUCGUCACAACAGAGCUUACUUGGCAAUCGAAUGUCGGGGGCAAGCCAGUCGUCUGCUGCGUCGGGCUCCCGCUCCUUUCACCACUCACGGCUCCCCCUACCACCUAUACCCGCGCUGCGCCAUGCUACGUCGGAUGUGGCAUCGCCUGCGUCUCCAUCAUCCCCGCCCCUCGAGCAGCGAAAAUCCUCUAGUAGUGGACACCAGCCGACGCGGAAGCGGCUGUUCUCGGGGUCGAGUGCUCGCAGGAGCACGUCGUCGCACGGGCCGUCGAGCAACGCGAUGAGCGGGGACGAGGAUAACCGCUCGAUUUACAGCGUCGACGAUCUGCGUGCGGCGGGGCAGAAGAUAGUCAUGUCUUUUGGCAGCUUCGCGAACCCGCUCUCGCUGCUGACGAGCAAUGCAUGCGUUGCGCCGGGAUCGUAUCUGCCCGAUGCAAAUAUGACAUCGACCACGUCGCCGGACCCCCAGACGCCCCAGACACCAACGGGCCCCAGUCCGAGCAAUAGAGCAUCCCAAACGGAGUAUAUCCCGCAGCAUAUCAUGUCCCCUGCGGAUAUGCUGAAGCUGGAGCAGCAGUUGGCUCAGGAAGCGGUCGAUAGGGAGCAACGUGAUGAAGACGAGCUUCCAGACGAAGUCGUGGAUCCCAACGUCUCGACGUCCAAAGCCGACCAUCGGCUGUCGGUCGUGUCGGCAGCGACUUCUGCGUUUGGCAACGACAAUUCUUUCCGACAGAGGAGAGACAAGACGCCUGUCUCGUCACCGCCCUCGAAGCCGUCUGCCCUUCCGACACCAGCGAGCAGGAUGAGGAGCGCGGCAGGAGAGUCGUCCCGCUUGCCUUUCCGUAGCCAUUCUGCGUUGAUGUCGGCCCCUCGCAAACCUUCCUUGUCACUUCGACCGUCUACUGCUACGUCGGGACUGCCGCCGCAAGCCACGUCUAUAGCAGCUUCGUCGGAUUCGCCCCAGCAAGCUCCCUGGAGUCUACCCCCUCCGCCAAGGUCACGUCCAGUCCGUGAUCCGCCACCCAGCAAGAGCGAAAGCGGUAAGCGCCUCAGUACGGUUCCCCUGCAGCCACUUUCGCCGCCGCCGACCCGUCUUCGGGCACGUAUCUCGUCUUUGCAGGGGCCUGCUAUUACUCAGCGCCCUUCGCCGGCCAGCAUAUCAAGGUCCCCGAGCGCCUUCGGCAACAAGGUGAUGCAUCGGAAGUCUCUCAUGAAGAAGCCCUCGUUUCUUGACAUAGAAGACGAGGCGGACGCGACUUCAGAGAGCCUCAUGGACGUGAACCUGGACGCACUGGACUCGCCGACCAUGGAUAGCAGCUUUCUUGACAUGGACAGGGGGAAGGAUUCCUUUGACACAGUGCGGAGCUCUGAUUCUCUACUCUUCGUUUAG